AAUAACACUUCAACCAGUAAUUAUAAACAUUAUUUUUUCAUAAAUUAACUAUAUAGUGCUAUUAAUACUUAUUAUUCACGUGUAAAGAAAUAAAUUCGCUUUAAAUAAUUAUUAAUUAAAAGAAACGGUUAGGUUCGUUAGACCUCUGGUUUUCCGACAAAGCAGCGGUGGUUACGCCAAAAAAUCACGAUCCCAACAUCAACGAAUCGGCUGUGUUUUUUCCAUUCCUUCCCCUCUUCUCUCUCUACCACUCUUUCUCUCCCUCUCUCCCCUGUUCAUGCGCAGGAGAGGGACGAACAUGGAGGUUGCUGGUUGAAUUCUCGUUCGCCUCUGCGCAUUUGAAUCUCGGAGGCUAACCGAUUGAGUUCGAGCGUCAGAGUUUACCCCAAUUAUGACCAUGGAAGAAAUCGACGGAAAUCAAGCACAAACGCUUCAGGAAAAUGCUGCAAAUCAGGACCGAGGAGAAACCCCUAAAUUGAACGAUGCUUCGGAAUCGAAGCAUUUGGAGACGGAGGACGACGAAUCGUCACCGUGUGGGGUGUUGGAGCGCCCCGCGUCAGGUUCGGAUUCCGAUCACAGCAUUGAUUCUAGCGGAAGCUUCGGGAGCGGCGAUAAAUCGCAUUCUCCAUGGGACAUCAACUAUGGCAGUAUGCAAUUGAGGAAAUUCAUCGGGCAGCUGAAGAAGAUGCCGUCGUCGACGAGAUUCGCCACGAUUCCGUUGAUUGGAGGAUCGGUUUCCGAUUUGUCCAUAAGGAGUUUGAGGAAGAAGCUGGGGAGAAAUCACAGUUCAGAGGAGUCGAUCAAUGCCGGAGACUUUGUUGUGCCUAAGCCUUCCUGGAGGAGCUUCACUCAUGAGGAGCUUAAAAAAGCUACCGAUAAUUUCAGCUCUGAUAACUUAAUUGGGAAAGGGGGACAUGCAGAAGUAUACAAAGGGUUCUUAGCAGAUGGUCAGCCUGUUGCUGUGAAGAAGAUAAUGAAAGAAGAACAAUCCGAUGAGGACAGAAUCUCCGGCUUCUUAACCGAGCUCGGUAUUAUCGCCCACAUCCAUCAUCAAAACUGUGUCAAAUUGGUUGGCUUCAGCGCUGACGGUGGCUUGCAUCUUGUUCUUGAGUUUUGCCCUUAUGGAAGCCUUGACUCUGCCCUACAUGGUUCUGAAAAUUAUAUGGAAUGGAAAAUGCGGUAUAAGGUCGCACUUGGAGUGGCGGAAGGUUUGAAGUAUCUACAUUUCGACUGCCAAAGGCGCGUUGUUCAUCGAGAUAUAACAGCCUCGAACAUAUUGCUUGCCGAAGAUUACGAACCGCAGAUAUCUGAUUUCGGAUUAGCUAAAUGGCUUCCCGAGAAAUGGUCUCAGCACGUCGUUUCCCCGAUCGAAGGCACAUUCGGAUACAUGGCUCCUGAGUACUUCAUGCACGGAAUAGUUAAUGAGAAGAUCGAUGUGUUUGCUUUUGGGGUGUUGUUGCUCGAGCUCAUUACAGGUUGCAGAUCUGUCGAUUCGCGCAGGCAAAGCCUUGUGAUGUGGGCGAAACCGCUUCUGGAGCACAACGACAUGAAAGAGAUGGUCGACGCUCGGCUGGGAGACAAUUACGACACUGUGGAAAUGAAGCGCGCCAUGUUCGCUGCUUCCAUGUGCAUUCAUCACUCGCCGAACUUGCGGCCGAGCAUGACCCGGGUGAUUCAAGUGCUGAAAGGCGAGACAAAAUUGGGGGGAGAUUUGAAGCAGAAGUCGUUGGGGAUGAGAUCGCUGCUGUGGGACAACUGCGACUUGGAAGACUAUACUUCCGCCACUUACCUUAACGACCUUAACCGACAUAAGCAACUAAUCUUGGAAUGACUGAGGUAACCAUUCUGGUUAAUAUUUCAAUUUUAACAUUACCAUGGUUUGGUUCCACUCUCUCUCUCUAUAUAUAUUUACAUAUCUACAGCACAUGUGUCGAAACAAUUUGAGGCACACUGACACACACCCCUCAUUUUUAUUCCCGCAUCCGGCUGUAAUGCAAUCCAACAAAACAAACUCUUGUUGUAUUGUGUAAAUAUAUAAUCCAUCGGUUCCAAUUUAUUUA